CUCUUACCAUCUCCGCUCAAGCUCCAUCCUUUUCCAUUACGUCCCUUGUUAACUCCGUCACCAUCCGCCACCAUCCUGUAUCCCUAUACGCAAUAUUAGAUUUCUGAUUCAACUGCUUACGCAACCCCUCGCUGUCCUGUCGCCUCGCCACCGGCUCACAUCAUCAGCAUGCCUAGCGCUACGGGCCAGAACUGGGAGAAGUACCAGAAGAACUUCGCCGAUGACGAAGAGCCGGAGAAGAAGAUUACUCCUCUCACAGAUGAGGAUAUCCAAGUACUAAAGACCUACGGCGCCGCUCCCUACGCCAACGCAUUGAAGAAGCUCGAGAAACAGAUCAAGGAAAGACAAGCGAGUGUGAACGAGAAGAUUGGUGUUAAGGAAUCCGAUACCGGUCUCGCGCCUCCACACCUCUGGGAUGUUGCUGCGGACCGACAGCGUAUGGCAGAGGAGCAGCCAUUGCAGGUGGCCCGGUGCACAAAGAUCAUUCAGGAUGAGAAGGAUUCCGACAAGAGCAAAUAUGUCAUCAACGUUAAACAGAUCGCCAAGUUCGUCGUCAACUUGGGAGAGCGAGUGAGUCCGACAGAUAUUGAGGAAGGCAUGAGAGUUGGUGUCGACCGCAACAAGUACCAGAUUAUGCUGCCUCUUCCCCCCAAGAUCGACCCUAGCGUGACGAUGAUGACAGUCGAAGACAAGCCCGAUGUGACGUACGGUGACGUCGGAGGAUGCAAAGAACAGAUCGAAAAGCUGCGGGAAGUCGUCGAGAUGCCUCUCCUUUCGCCAGAGCGCUUUGUCAACCUCGGUAUCGACCCGCCCAAGGGUGCCCUACUCUACGGACCCCCCGGUACUGGUAAGACGCUUUGCGCUCGAGCCGUGGCCAACCGAACGGACGCGACGUUUAUCCGUGUCAUCGGUAGUGAGUUGGUGCAGAAGUACGUCGGUGAGGGUGCACGGAUGGUCCGAGAGCUGUUCGAGAUGGCCCGGACUAAGAAGGCAUGCAUUAUCUUCUUCGACGAGAUUGACGCGGUCGGUGGUGCUCGUUUUGACGACGGAGCUGGUGGUGAUAACGAGGUUCAGCGUACUAUGCUUGAACUUAUUACGCAGCUGGACGGUUUCGACGCCCGUGGUAACAUCAAGGUCAUGUUCGCGACCAACCGACCGUCUACUUUGGAUCCCGCCCUGAUGCGUCCGGGACGUAUCGACCGUAAGAUCGAGUUCUCCCUUCCGGAUGUUGAGGGUCGUGCCAAUAUUCUGCGCAUCCAUGCCAAGAGCAUGUCGGUUGAGCGUGACAUCCGAUGGGAGUUGAUCUCUCGUCUCUGCCCGAACGCCACGGGUGCUGAACUCCGCAGUGUUGCAACAGAAGCUGGCAUGUUCGCCAUCCGGGCCCGUCGGAAGGUGGCCACCGAGAAGGACUUCUUGGCAGCUGUGGACAAGGUCAUCAAGGGCAACCUGAAGUUCAACUCGACAGCGACGUACAUGCAGUAUAAUUAGACGACUUAAGUAUCUGGGUUACAUUACAAAUGGAAUGC